AUGUCCCAACACCUGUUUCUCCCAGUUGUCAUGAUGGAGCCACACCUAAGCCAUCAUCUCCCGGCCUUUCCCUGCCUCUCUCUUGUCUUUCCAGUGGUCAGUCCCAUCCCAGGCACCUCCCAGGAUUCAGCUAUCAGUCCUACCCAAGGAGAAUCGGAAGACUUAGAUUGCGGCCACCCGGAGCCCUCUUCCCGCAUCGUAGGGGGCUCCGACGCACGCCCCGGCACUUGGCCUUGGCAGGUGAGCCUGCAUCACGGUGGGGGCCAUAUCUGCGGGGGCUCUCUCAUCGCUCCUUCCUGGGUCCUUUCUGCUGCUCACUGUUUCGUGACGAAUGGGACCUUGGAGCCCGCGGACGAAUGGUCAGUCCUGCUGGGCGUGCAUUCCCAGGACGGACCCAUGGACGGCGCGCACUUGCGCUCAGUGGCCGCUAUCCUGGUGCCGGACAACUACAGCCGAGUGGAACUGGGCUCCGAUGUGGCUCUGCUUCGCCUGGCCUCACCCGCCAGGCUGAGCCCCUCGGUGCGGCCGGUUUGCCUGCCUCGCGCCUCGCACCGCUUCGCUCACGGCACCGCCUGCUGGGCCACUGGCUGGGGAGACGUCCAGGAGGCUGACCCUCUGCCUCUCCCCUGGGUGCUACAGGAAGUGGAGCUAAGGUUGCUUGGAGAGGCUGCCUGUCAGUGUCUCUACAGCCGGCCUGGCCCUUUCAACCUGACCUUCCAGCUGUUGCCAGGGAUGCUGUGUGCUGGCUACCCAGAGGGACGCAGGGAUACCUGCCAGGGUGACUCUGGGGGACCGCUGGUCUGUGAGGAUGGUGGCCGCUGGUUCCAGGCAGGAAUCACCAGCUUUGGCUUUGGCUGUGGACGGAGGAACCGCCCCGGGGUGUUCACUGCAGUGGCUCCCUACGAGUCCUGGAUACGGGAACAGGUGAUGGGUUCAGAGCCUGGGCCUGCCUUCCCCAGCCAGCUUCACAAGCCCCAGUCAGGACCCCAGGAGCCCAGAGAAGAAAACUGUACCUUUGCCCAACCAGAGUGCGGGAAGGCUUCGCGGCCAGGGAUCUGGCCCUGGGAGGCCCAGGUGAUGGUGCCAGGCUCCAGACCCUGCUAUGGAGUUCUGGUGUCGGACAGCUGGGUCUUGGCACCCGCCAGCUGCUCUCUGGACUACCCCAUCCAGCAGCCCCGCACCUCUGACAGCCCACCCCGCGACCUUGAAGCCUGGCGGGUGCUGCUGCCCUCGCGUCCGGAGGGGGAGAGGGUGGCGCGCCUCGUGCCGCACGAGAACGCUUCCAAGGACUCCGCCUCGGACCUGGCGCUGCUGCAGCUGAGGACGCGCGUGAACCUGACCGCCGCACCGAGUGCCGUGUGCCUGCCCCAUCCCGAACACUUCUUCCUGCCCGGGAGCCGCUGCCGCCUGGCUCGCUGGGGCCGCGGGGAACCCGCGCCCGGCUCCAGCGCGCAGCUGGAGGCGCAGCUGAUGAACAGCUGGUGGUGUCACUGCCUGUACGGCCGCCAGGGGGCGUCAGUGCCGCCGCCAGGAGACCCGCCGCAUUUGCUUUGCCCCGCCUACCUGGAGGAGGAAGAGGCGGGCCAAUGCUGGAAAGAUGCGGGUUGGAGCCUUCUGUGUCGUGAGGAGGGGACGUGGUUCCUGGCUGGACACAGAACCCUCUCAAAUGGUUGUCUCCGCCCCCGAGCCUUCUCUCCACUGCAGACUCACGGGCCAUGGAUCAGUCAUGUGACUCAGGGAGCGUACCUGGAAGAUCAGCUAACCUGGGACUGGGGCCCUGAGGGGGAGGAGACUGAGAAACAGAUUUGUCCCCCACACACUGAGCACGGUGCCUGUGGCCUAAGGCCAAAGGCCACUCCAGCUGGUGCGUUGUGGCCCUGGCUGACAGAAGUGCAUGUGACUGGUAAUCGAGUCUGCACUGGGAUUCUGGUUGCCCCGGGCUGGGUCCUUGCAGCCACUCACUGUAUUCUCAGGCUGGGCUCUACAACAGUGCCUUACAUUGAAGUGUAUCUGGGCCAGGCAGGGGCCCGCUCCCUCCCACAGGGCCACCAGGUGUCUCGCUCGGUCAUCAGCAUUCGCCUGCCCAGGCACUUAGGACUUAGACCCCCCCUGGCCCUACUGGAGCUGAACUCUCAGGUGGCGCCUUCCCCAUCAGCUCUGCCCAUCUGCCUCCAGCCAGGGGGAAUUCCCCCGGGGGCCAGCUGCUGGGUGCUGGGCUGGAAAGACCCCCAGGACAGAGUUCCUGUAGCUGCUGCUGUCACCAUCCUGACACCACGACUCUGUCACUGCCUCUAUCAGGGCAUUCUGACUCCUGGAACCUUCUGUGUCCUCUAUACUGAGGGGCAGGAAGAUAAAUGUGAGGUGACCUCGGCACCUCCCCUCCUGUGCCAGACUGAGGGAGGCCCCUGGGUUCUCAUGGGCAUGGCUGUUCGAGGUAGCCAGGAGCUGUUUGCAGCCAUUGGCCCUGAAGCUGCUUGGAUAUCGCAAACAGUGGGAGAAGCCCAUUUCCUUCCUCCUAGUGGUUCCCCCUACUGGCCUCCUGAAGACAGUGACCUGUGCCACCAAGACUUGGCAGGAGCUGCAAGCUCCCCUAGGGCAGCCGCUCUGCUUCUGCUCCCACUGGCUCCCCUGAUCCAGGGCUGAGUCUGGCUCCUCUUCACACCACCCAUAAGGGCUGGAAUGUGGCCCAGCCGGCCAGCUCCCAGGCCUGGAGAGGGCCUCAUCCACCUAUACUACACUAGCUUUCAGAUCAUCAGACCUCAGUGCUGGCUGCUUUGAACCUAAGAGUCCUUGGGAGUGCUGGAGGAAGAGACAAUAAAGACGUAAAUACAGA